AUGCAGAUGCAGAAGUACUUAGAGAAGGAAGAACUUGUAGAACAUGAAAUCCUGUUGCAUGGGACUGCUAAGUCACUUAAUGAUGCAACCUUGCAACUCUCAGAAAUUAACUCAGUUGUAACUGCACAAGGAGAAGUACUUGCUAAAAUACAACGGAAAAUAAACCAGACUGAAGACAUGUUAAAGAAGGCCAGCAAGAAGCUCUCUUUGCUCCUGCAGAAAUCAAAGAAAAGAAGGGUUUUCUCAUUCUGUUUACUCUGCUUGACAACCCUCGUUGUAUUUAGUAUGUUCGUCUAUGCAUACAAAUAA